GUAACCUAUCAAACAUUCAGUAUGUAUAGAGAAUGAAUGAUUACAGCUUUGAUGGUGGGGAAAUGCAUGUGCCUCAAGAAGGAGUAUCAUAUCAUUCAGUUUUUAGUUAGGUGUCAAUACUGAGGUUGUCAAGGAGUGCUAGAGGAACUCUAGGAAGAUUUUGUAUCCUUUACAUAUAAGCAGAUCCGGUGGGGUGAGGCUUUAAAAAGUCUAAGGCUACAAUUUCCAGGUCAGUAUAUUGACAAGGGUUAAGGGAAGGCAUUGAAUUUUUGCUGCACCCACCCUUGUUCACAGUGGUCUGUGGCCUCUGUCACUUCCAUUACAGUUCUUGGUUAUAGUGAGAAGCUGCAGGAUGCUUAAGUACUCUCUGUGGGCUGCUGUUUUGUUCAGCUUUCAAACCAUAAAGAAGUGUGAAAAUUAGGUCACACCUCAUGAAAUUUAAAUAACAAAACACUCUACCUAGUUUAAUAAUACCCUAGUUAUCCCACUGCUACAUUUCAUUGUGCCUAUAAAUGGAAAUUAUUAUUUUUGGUUUAGUAUCACAACUUGAGAUGAAUUUCUGCCCAUCCUCAUAUCUGGCCAUUGUGGGGGAACUGACAUGUUUUAUUUAUUCUUGUUCCUCAGAAUGAAUUGGGAUGAUGAAUAUUCUCAUAGUUCUUUUGACCUACAUUGUUUGUUAAAUUCAUUUCCUGGAGACUUGGAGUUUGAGCAGAUCUUCAGUGACAUUGAUGAAAAGAUUGAACAAAAUGCUGCAAGCAUAGAACAUUGCAUUAAAGAGAUACAGUCCAAAAUUAACAAACAAUGUCCAGGUGUGCAACUGCAAACACCAGCUGACUGCUUUGAAUGGCUAACUCACUAUAAUUGCAGUACAUCCAAGUCAUCUUUCAUUUCACAUGGAGAUUUGACAAAAUUCCUCAAAACACUGGAAAAUUUGUUGAAGAAUGAACAAAAUCAAGAAGAAAUGAUAUUGGAUUUACUUUGGGACCUCUCCUGCCACAGCAGCGUUUCAUUCCCAUCGACUCUAAGUGGAACAUCUUUCCAUUUCCUCUCUAGGACAUCUCUUCAUUCUGUUGAAGAUAAUUCCUCUAUGGAUGUCAAGUCUAUAUGGGAUGAUAUAAGACUGCAUCUUCGACGCUUCUUAGUGAGCAAAUUACAAAGCCAUAAUGAAAUAAACAAUUCACAGCAAAAAAUUUUAUUGAAAAAGCAGUGCUUACAACAAUUCUUGUUUCUUUACCCAGAAUCCGAAGUUAUAAUCAAAUACCAAAACAUACAGAAAAAACUGUUGGCUAAUCUUCUGCAGAACUGCGUUCCCUCUUACAACAGAGAUUCAAAUUUAGAUAUAAUAGUUCAUGGAUAUCAAAGUAUAAUGCUUAAGUUAUACUCAAUAAUAAAAGAGGAUUUUAACACACUAUGUGAAAUUUUAGCUCCGUCCUCAACAGUGAACUUCAUUAAAGAAACUUACCUGGAUACUGUUACAGAAGAAAUGGCAAAAUUUCUUGAAAAUUUUUGUGAGCUGCAGUACAGAGAAAAUGCUGUCCGUGUGGUUAAAACAAGCAAGAGCUCCAGCAAGCAUAGAAGAGCAGUGCAUGCUUUGGUUACCCCUGAAUGCCCACAAAAAGGAAGAAAGUUCUCUCUCCCCUUAGACAAAGUUGAAUUCUUAUCAGAGCUCAUAAAAUCCUUUAUGAAACUGGAAAAAUGUGUUCAAGAAUUGUUUGAAGAACUACUUUUAUCACUCAAGAUACCCAGGAAGUGUUCAGGAAUUUGGGAGAAAUCCAAUAGAGAAGUUGUAAUAGAAAAACCCAGAGCAAACAAAACUAAUAUUUCUUCAGAGGAAUUGCUACCAGGAAAAGAGGCUACUUUACUAGAUUUUGACUGGAGAAGUACAUUUAAAGAAGUGUCUCUUCCCAUGGCACGCUGCAUAAUAACUGCAAUUGAAAGUUUUUCUGAAAAAAUUCUCCAACAGGAACAAAAUGAAAGGUCUUCAGCUGUGAGUUAUACUAUGAACCUUGUAAAUGUCCAGCAAGUUUGGCAAGACAGCCAUAUGUUUCCUGAGGAGGAACGACCAAAGAAAAUUGGAAAAUUUUGUUCUGACAUCACAGAAAAACUUGACACAAUGCUCCCACUGGCUCUGGCAUGCAGAGAUGAUUCUUUUCAGGAAAUUAGAGCAAACUUGAUGGAAACCUGUUGUAAAGUGGCAACAGCUGUCCUGCAGAGACUGCAAGAGAGAGCCAAGGAGGUUCCUUCCAAAGCUCCCCUGAAAAACUUGCACACACUCCUCUCCACAACGGUGUAUGUCUUCCAGUACUUCAAGCAAUAUGAUAAUUUGAUGAAGGAAAUUACUAAAAAACCCAUAUUCCUGGUGCCUGUCCAACGAUAUCAGGAAUUCAUCAACACUCUACAGUUUCAGGUUACGAACUACUGCGUCAGAGUUUGUGCUACAAGCAUUUUACAGGAUGCUGAGAGCCACCACUGGGACGACUACAAAGCUUUUUAUGAGGGGGAAAGAUGUUCGUUCUCGAUCCAGAUGUGGCAUUAUUUCUGCUGGGCUCUUCAUCAUGAUCUCUGGACCAUUCUGCCUCCUAAGUUAGCCCGGGAGAUUCUAGCAGAAGUGCUGGAGAAAUCUUUGGGUCUACUUGCCUCCAGAUAUGCCCGUGCUCACCCCAGCCGUAAGAGAACCCCACAGUUAAGACUUGAUGUCACAACAAUUUUAAUAUGCACUGAGAACAUGUUAUGGUCAGUUUGUACAUCUGUACAAAAACUUUUGAAUCCUCAUGAGCAUACAGAUAAUACAAUUUUUAAAAUUCAUACCCAUUGUAAUAAUCUGUUUACAACAUUAGUCAUUUUGACUUCACCAUUAACAGAAUUAUAUAAGACUUUUCAGCAUGGCCUGGAUGAGUCUGCUUCAGAUUCCUUAAAAUCAUUUUUUAAGCAACCAUUAUACUGGGUUUCUUGCAUAUCACAUUUCUACCCUUCUUUACUCAGGACUCCAUCAGCUGGAGGACUGAAAGCCGAGGGUCAAUUGAAACUGCUCUUAUCCCAGCCAGGUUGUAAUUGGAACUUGCUUCUGGAAACCCUACUGCAUCAUGAUGGACUUUUGCUGAGAAUCUUGCUAAAAAGCUCAAAACGUACCUUUCAAGAACAAGUUUCUGACACAGAAAAUAACCUGAACCAAGAAGCCAGCUUGGUAGAAGCCAUCUUUAAAGUAUUGUACCAUUGCAGUUUUUCUCCACAAACAUUUGGAAAUGUUUUUGUGAGCUACAUGGAAGAAGAACAGUUGUGGGACUUUUUGUAUAACAUCCCAGUCUCAACAUGCGUGGAGUACGAGCUAGAGGUCAUACGAUGCUUGAGAUUGGCACUGACCGAUGCCGUCAAGGACAUUGUACAGCAGAUAGUAUCUGUGAUGAGCUCUAGAAGAAACUGUGAGACAAACCUAAAUAAGCACAGUGUUCCUGAUUGUUUGCUUGAGAGCAUGCCAAAAGAAUGGAAUUAUAGUCCAAAGGAAACUAUAAGGAAAGAAUCAAACAAAAGCUUCACAAGGCUUGCUGCUCAGGCAGUAUCUAUUGUAAUCAGCAAGUUACCUACGGUGAUUGCAUGUUUGUCUCCCCCAAUUAAAUACUUCUUUUUUCUGUCUGAGAGAAAAAUGUCAAAAAACUUUGUUGAAUUGAAGAAAGCUGGCCUGCUUGUCUGGAACUUGAUUGUAAUUAUAUGUCGGAUAUUUGAGGACGGAAACACUGUGGAACUUUUAACAGGUGCCUCCCUUGACAGAUGGAGUAAAGAAAAACUGGGUUUAAUUUGUAUGUGUUUGGAAAGCAUCAUGGGAGACCAGAGAAGUAUCCCUAAUCAAAUGAUCCAAAAGGUCAUACAGAGCAUUGAGCAGCAGAAGCCCAACUGGAUUGAAUGCCAGUUGUUGAAAGCAAGGAAACUGGGCACUGAAUGUGCAUUUAUGACAAUGGAGAAAAGUGAGGCCUCACAAGAAGGAGAUAUUGCUCUUGAACUGACUGAGCAGAAAAUAAACACGAUGGUCCUGGAUCUCUGCCACAAACCAGGUGGCAGUGAGUACCUGAGGCAAAUUUAUCACAUCAUGCAGCUCAAUGAGGAAUAUUUAAAAGAGCAGCUGUUUUCUAUGAAUAGUUCAGAGGAAAAGCCAUUACCCAUCCGACCUUUAAAGACAACCUUGAGGAGUGUGGAAGAUCAGCCUUCUGCCUUUAACCCUUUCCAUGUGUAUAAGGCGUUUAGUGAAAACAUGCUAGAUCAGUCAGCCAUCACAAAAUGGAACUGGAAUUGGACAAACUUGCUGCCAAAUUAUCUGGGACUGGAUAAGAUGACCUUCAGUGUGCUGCUCAAAAACAGAAACUUACCAUCUUAAAUAAGGGACCUCCAGAACUAUUUUUGGGAAGACUUUUAAACCUGGACAACUCCCUAAUGUUAUGAAGACUGACGGUGCUUCUGAACUGUAACAAGGAGAUUUUACAUAAGACUGUUCUUACUGGAACCUGUUUUAUGUAAGAACAUACUUAAAAAGCUAAUUUCUUUUCUCCUUUUUGCACUGCAAUCCACAAAGUGUGACUAAUAAUAGAUUUAAAUUUGCUAAGUGCAUUCACUCCUUUGUGCCAUCAUAAAGAGAAUCUAUUACUGUAAAAUUGAGGCUUAGUUCCAAAUUGCACCAUUAUGAAGUUUUCUUCCAGCAAUGUUUUGUCUCUAAUACACUUCCCUCAUUGUAAUUCUAUUGCAAACCUGAUGUCUAGCAUCAAGUCUCACAAUAAUUAUUUUAAAUUGCUACUAGGAACAGUAGUCCUGGUGGGAUAUAUUACUACCAUUCUAACAAGAUGAAUUUCAAUGCACUUGUAACCAUAUUAUAGUAUAUUAUGAAAGAAAGAAAAUCUUUGAGUUUUAUAUCUAUGGACAUGCAUGUAUCAAAAAAAAUAAUUCUUAUAAACUUCAAAAUACUUUAUAUUUAACUUCUACUUAAACUAAUUAUAAGUCACAAGGACAAAUUAGGAUAUCCAGCCACAUGGCCCAUUAAUAGCAUGCUGAGUGACUUGAAAUGAAUAAACAAUUAUAAAUAUAAAAAUAUUAGCAAUGCUACUGCUUUGAAUAAUUACACAUAGUAAUAUAUUUAUAUGAUAGAUUUUAAAGAUAAUAUAAAUUAUAUUACCACAGGAGAAAGGCACCAGAAAACUAUUCAAAAUGAAGCUGACAUAAAACUUUAUUCUUAAUUUAGUCUUUCCUAAGGCUUCAGGUCAUAUAAAUAAAUGAACUACCCCAAAAAGAAUGUUGAAAAAUAAUUUAUUGUAUAAUAGAAACUACAAAAAAGUCAUUCUCAGGAGUCUAAAACAUUGAGCCUCCAGUUGCUAAUAGACUAAAGAGGAAAAUCCUGCUAGGAAUCAACAUGGAGAGAACAGGAAAGCAUGUUAAGCCUCCCUGAAACCUAGGCAAUUUGUUUAACAGUAGUGUUACACAAUAAACUGUGUGUUUCAUGAGUUGUUUUAUAUUCUUACUGAGGGCAUUCUAAGAUUCACCUUACUAAUAAGUUGCCUACAGGCUUACAAACAAACUGGGAAGAUGAUCACUUUUCAAUUCACUGAAAGUGUGAAUCUUGAAUUUGGUGCGUAACAAAAUUACUCUAAAGAAAUAGUAGAGCCAAGCUUCCCUAUUACAGAUAAAAUGAUUAUAAAAUGAUGAUCUCAGAUCAAAAGCUAUUUCAGUCUUAAUAAUUAAAUAAGUUGGCACACAGAAUUUAGAAGAAACAAGUAUGAGUUCCAUAUCUGCAGGAAUUCUCUUAAAAAUGUUCAUAUAACACUCCAAAUGAAAAAUCUCUUAACUACCUAGCAAAAUUGAAAGUCACUCCCUGGAGUGGACCAAGUGAAGAAAAGUUAAUCUGCAUGCUUUAUAAAAAGGGGCAGUUGAAUUUACAUGAACAAUUCAGCAUUUUACCUUCAAUAAUAAUUGAAUGAACUAUAUUACAUAUCAACCAGCAUAGGGCUACCAACUGAGUCAUGAGCGAUUACCCCAAAAUGGCAGAGCAACCUUCUAUUUAUAAUAAAGUGGCUCAUUUUUAUGCAAUAACAUCCAUUCUGUAGCAUUUAUAGCACAUAGAACAAUCUGGAAUUAUAUUAUCCUGUUUAAUCAUUACCCUUCAGAAACUGAGAAAGUUGUUUUUUUUUUACCAUUAGGUCAUCUCUAAAACUUUUGGUAUUGCUUUGUAGCUUAGUUGCAAUCACUUCUCAGUGAUCUGGACCUGAAAUCAUAUACUUUUGUUUCAAAACAUCAGUAUUUGUUAGCAUAAAGAGUUAUUUAUUUUGUGUGUCACUAAAAUAAAUUGCAUUUACUUCUAUAUUUAUAGUUACUCCUUUAUAUAUGUGUAUAUUAUUUUAAGUAUAGUAUUGAUGUUGCUGGGGAAAAAAUAGAACCCAAGGCAAAAAUAACCUUUGUUAACAAUGUUUUUGGACAUAGAUCUAUUCUCCAAGUGGCCAGAGGUAAUUGUAUUAUUCCAUUGGCAAAUGCCUCCAUAGAACUAAGUAUAAGAUUUCACCUCCCACUUUCAGGAUAGGGGAAAAUAAGUCUAAGUUAAUAGAAAAAUGAUUAGAAACAGGUGUCUUAGCUCUCAGUUUUGUUAAAAAAACAAAACAAAACUAUCCUAAACCUUUUAUAAAAUUCCACCAGUACCCUUCUCUUUCCUCUUUUGAAUUAAAAGCUUUUUGUGACAUCCAAAUAGAAACAAUUGUCCAGAAGAGCAUAUUAAAUUGAUGUUUUCCCAAGAGCGUGACUGAAAAAAUAUGCCGACCCUGUGUUAUCAAUGUCUUUUGAAAUUACUACUGAUUUUUAGAGGACAAUAAAGAAAGCUGUAUUCCUUUUAACAUCAUACAUAUGCUCCAUACAUAUUUCUUUUUAUAUUUAAAAAACCCACAUUUGUUUGUAUUUAUGUAGAUUCCUUAAAUUUCUUGACAAGAAAAUUUUGAACUAAUUUUCUAAAUGCUAUGUUGUAUACUCACCAGCAAUUCAUUUCAUGAUUGUAAUUGUAUUCUCCCAGUCUUUAGGUAAAAUUAAUUGAUGAAAAAACUUACUUAUAUAAUACUGUAUAUUGAAGAUCUUCAGAAGAGAACCACAUACCAACUAGCCAAAAGCCAAAAAUCUUAAGAGACUGAGAAUACCACAUCCUUUCAGAUUUCCUAACCUUGUAUGAUUGUAAGUCACUUUAGUCUCUUGUUACACUACAGACUCUCAGGGCCAUUCUCUAGCAAUUCUGUUUGUAUAGACCUGGGAUAUGUAAGUAUCUAUAAUCUAAAAAAUCAUCUUAGAUGUGUUGAGAAACACUUGACUAACCUCAAAUCCAAUUUUUUUUUGCAUUUAAGAAAUUUAAGGCAAUUGGGAGUAAAAUAAAACACAUUUCUAUGAUUUUUGGCAAGACUAACUUGCUUUUGAGAACUAAGUAAGAUGACGGCACGAAUCUAAACAGAACUCAAUUCUCUAACAUCUGAUUACCAGUGUAUGUGUCUGUAUGUGUGUUUGGAGUAUUUUCGUUCAAAUAGGCUUUCCUUUUUAAAAUAUAUGUUAAGCAUUGUCUGUGUCUGAAGUGAUGUGUUUGAUUGACAGUGAAUACAAGUAAUUAUUUGACAUGUCCUGGAAGCAUGGAAUGAAGAGAUCAUAAACAUAGAAAGGACCCCAAGAGUUCUAGUCUAGCAAACUACUUCCUAGAAAGAACUACAUCUAAAGUCUCUUAUAGAGAGGAUUUAUUUUUAUCUUAAAUAUCUCAAUAGAAGGUAUUCUUUAACUGCCCCUGUCUAUCUCCCCCACUACUACAUAUAGAAAUAUUAUAAUUGGUAUAAAUUUUUUAGUUGUCACAUGUGUCCCUUUUUUCUUUUUAGAAAGAAAAUACAGCAUUUUUCAUUUAUUUGAGAAUUCCACAAAUUUAUAAAACAAUUAAAUUGAACGAGAUAGGUAGGUAGGUAGACAGAUCUUUGUCACCAAGAGAUGAAUGUUAACUUCUUACAAGUGAACACAAGAUAAAAAUUUAGAGCCGUGGUUCUUACCUCUUUUUUGAAACAGGAACUCCUUUGAAGUUCUAAGAAGAUCUCUGCCUAGAAACAUGUAACAUAUGUAUCUACCUCCAGAAUUUGCCCA